AUUCAAACAAACCCUUACAAGAUGGGCAAGUUCGGCCUCUCUCGCAGGGUGGUGCUGGCGCCCAUGACUAGAUGUAGAGUGUUGAAUAGGAUACCAAACGCAGCGCUGGUGCAUUACUACCCCCAGAGAUCUACUCCAGGGCGGAUUUCUCGUACGGGAAGGCACACUGGUUUCCCCCACUGCCCCUGGGUACUAUCGAUUUCCUUUAUCUGGCACACUGCUAUUAUUAUUCAUUAUUAGUUGUCUGCUUCCACCUACUUCUGUUUAGUGCUUGAUGGGUCCCUAAAAGCACUCAGUCAGCCAUGAACCAUGGCCCAAGCCUUUUAAAAUUAUGUUAAAAAUCUCUUUAGGAAUUAGGAUUAGAAAAGUAUAUUUCUAAAUAUAUUAGUUAAAAAAUAUAUUUUAAAAAAAAAAUUUCUACCCGUCACCCUCAAUGUCAAACAUAGAUAAAUGAUGAAAAUAGGUUUAUUUUAAUUAUUAACCUUAAAAAAUUUAUCAAAUUUUGAAAGGAAGAAGCUGCCUCCUAUGCCGUCUUUGGGUCAAGGGUUGUGCUACUGCUUGCGCCUUUGUUUUUUUAUGGACUUGGGACUUCUUAUUCAAGUUUGAUGGCUGCGGGUUUGACUAGACAAAAAGAAUUUAUUACAUUACUAGACAAUGCUAGAUUUUCGUUUGAAAGAUUCUUAAUAUCUUAAUUUAAUAUCAGUUCUUGUCAAUCUUUUUUUUUUAAAUCCGUGUACUUUUUCUUUAAAUAAAAAAAAAAGAUAAGACUGCCCAGGGUGUGGAGAAGGUGCUUUGAUAUAUUAACUCAAACAAUAGUUUAUUUUAUUGUGAUUUUGAUGAUAUGAAAAGGGCCUGUCUCACUAGCUACCAAAUCAUUUUUUCGCUUUUUAGCAGCGCAGUUACUUUUGAGAAAAAAAGAUAACUACUUUUAAUUGUGAAAACCAGGUAUCCCCAUGUCCUGGAAUUUAUACAGAACAAGAAGUGGAGGCAUGGAAGAAGGUGGUGGAUGCAGUUCAUGCCAAAGGGAGCAUCAUAUUCUGUCAACUGUGGCAUGUUGGAAUGGCCGCGCAUCUCAUCAAGCCUUAUGGUAUUCUCAUUUGAAGGUUCUUUUUCUAUCCAUAUGUAACAACGUAGCAGCACUACUAGGCUCAAAUUCACUUCCUUUUUGCAUAAGCAAAUUAGUUUAUCAACCUAGUGGAGCUGUACCCAUCUCAUUGACGGGCAAGGCCAUCUAGAACAGGUGGAGAAUUCUCAUGCAAGAUGGGUCCUAUGGGAAAUACCCAACAUCUACCUUUGAAACUCCUGAAAUACUAGAGGUAGUGGAGAAUUAUUGCCAGGCAGCCUUGAAUGCCAUUCGAGCAGGCUUUGAUGGAAUUGAGAUCCAUGGGGCUCAUGGUUGCCUUGUAGAUCAAUUCUUAAAAGAUGGGAUCAAUGACCGAACAGAUGAGUAUGGUGGAUCAAUCAACAAUAGAUGCAGAUUCUUAAUGCGGGUGAUUCACGCAGUAGUUGCAGCCUGGUGUGGUGCAGAGCGAGUUAGUUUCAGAAUGUCACCGGCAAUUGAUCACCUUGAUGCCAUAGAUUCUGAUCCACUCAACUUGGGUGUUGUAGUGAUUGACAGACUUAACAAACUCCAGCUAAAACUUCGAUCAAAACUCACUUAUCUCCACGUCACUCAGCCUCGCUAUAGAGCUUAUGGCCAAACAGAAUCAGGCAGACAUGGGACUGAAGAAGAGGAAGCUCAAUUAAUGAGAACUUCUAGAAGAGCUUAUCAGGGAACUUUCAUCUGCAGUGGUGGGUUCACAAGGGAGCUAGGAAUGGAAGCUAUAACUCAAGAUGAUGCAGAUUUGGUGUCCUAUGGCCGACUUUUUAUUUCAAACCCAGACUUAGUCUUUAGAUUUAAGCUCAAUGCACCCUUGAAUAAGUAUGCAAGGAAAACAUUCUUCACACCCAAUCACUUAUUUUUUGGCAUCUUCCUCUCUAUGGAUUCUUCAAGAUGUUUUUUGAGCUGUUAUGUGGACUCUGAUACUAUUUUAAAACUUAUUGGGCCUCUAUUUUAUAAACUCUUAUUUAGUUUUUUUAUCUCUUGCCGAUGUGAAAUGUAGACGCAGAAACUCUCAUUUUGAUUGGGUUCUCCAAUGAAAAUUGAACCUACAUAUAUGCUUUCAAAUAUUA